CAUGUCCUCUUCCAAUCAACUUAUCUUCUAUUAUUUCUCAUAUAUCAUACAAUCAGGCCAUAAACACCACAAAAAUUGGUUAAAAUGGGACCAAGAACUGAUAAUUAUUCUUUCUUGAAUAUGGAUUCCAUACUUUCAGUAACACUACUAAUAUUUUUAGGCCUCCAAAUUGUGGAAGGAGGAUCUCCCUCACAAAUAGCCCUUCGUAAUUGCCCAGAAAAGUGCGGCAAUAUCAGCAUCCCUUAUCCCUUUGGAAUCGGUGAUGAAUGUCAUUACAAAACACCCUCAGAUAAUGGUUUCUUUUACAAUCUCAGCUGUAACCUUACUACCACUCCUCCAAGUCUAACUUACGGGAAGAGCAUAGAGGUAGUGAACAUCACUUUAGAUGGUGAGUUUCGGAUACCUAUCUAUAUUUCUUUUGUUUGCUACAAUUAUAACAGCACUACGCCUAGUUAUGAACGUCAAUCUUGGGCGAAUAUGAAUAAAUUUACUCUCUCGACAACUCAAAAUUAUAUUGGUGCCAUUGGCUGCGACACCUAUGUAUGGCUCAAUGGUACGAUGAGCAACACGAGAAAAUUUCGUUCAGGAUGCAUGACGAUAUGUGCUUCAACAGAAGAAAUAGGGAAUAGCAGUGUAUGCUCCGGAAUUGGCUGCUGUCUGGUCUCCAUUCCAGAAGGAGUAACAAAUAUAGAUUUUGAGAUUCAUAGUUUGAACGAUCAGCAAUACGUCCAGGAUUUCAAUCCGUGCAGUGUCGCAUUCGUGGUGGCAAAGGAUUAUGGUACAGAUGAUGCAUUACCCUUCUCUGUCUUGCAGAUGCUAACCCAAAAUCGUACUUUUUAUCGGCCAUUGAAGUUCCCUGUUGUGUAUGAUUGGUCACUUGGAUACCAAAAUUGUAGAGAAGCUCAACUUUCUGGGGAGUACUUAUGCAAAGGAAAUACUACUUGCAUUGACUGGCCAGAAAAAGAAGGGUACCGCUGCCAGUGCAAACUCGGAUUCCGGGGUAAUCCCUACCUUCAUGAUUGUCAAGAUAUUAACGAAUGUGUGGAAGAAAACUCCCCGUGUCGACAACCAGCAACUUGUUCCAACACAAAUGGAAAUUUUACUUGCAUAUGCCCACAAGGCUACAGGCGUCGCAAUAGUGAAGACAGAGAUGAUCUUUGUAUCGCUGAAACCUCCAAGCAACUGUCGAUGCUAAUCAUCAAAAUUAUUGGAGGUAUUGCUGGCGGCCUCAUUAUUUCCCUCAUUUUUGCAUUUUGGUAUAACUGGCAACAUGGAAAUAGAAAACUUUUGAAGAUAAGGGAGAAGUUUUUCCAUCAGAACGGUGGUUAUCUUUUACAGCAAAAACUUCAAGGACGAGAUAUGUCAGUGGGUCAUUCGGUUGAAAUGUUCACAGUUGAAGAACUUAAGAAGGCCACAAAUAACUAUGGGGAGAGUAGCAUCAUUGGUCGAGGAGGUUUCGGCAUGGUUUACAAGGGAACACUAUCCGAAAACAGAAAAAUUCGUAACCAAGUAGUCGCCAUAAAAAGAUCACUUAAGAUAGAUUCGAGCCAAGUGGAGCAGUUCAUAAAUGAAAUCAUUGCCUUGUCACAGAUCAACAACAAAAACGUGGUUAAACUCUUAGGCUGUUGUUUAGAGACAGAGGUACCAUCACUUGUAUAUGAAUAUAUAAGUAACGGUACGCUUUAUGACCAUUUGCACGAUGAAAGAAAGGCGCGUUUUUUUACAUGGGAUAUUCGCUUAAAGAUAGCAACCCAAGUUUCCGAGGUCUUGGCAUAUUUGCACACUACAAUUUCUAUACCGAUAAUACACCGGGAUAUUAAAUCCGCGAACAUACUCUUAGAUGACGAAUUCACAGCAAAAGUCGCUGACUUUGGGGCAUCUAAACUAGCGCCAGUGGAUCAAGAGCAAUUGGCAACAAUGGUUCAAGGAACAUGUGGUUAUCUUGAUCCUGAGUACAUGCAAACUGGGGAACUAACUGAGAAGAGCGAUGUUUAUAGCUUUGGUGUUGUUCUUGUUGAGCUAUUAACCGGAGAGAAGGCAAUCUGUUAUGCUAAACCCGAGAAUGAGAGAAGCCUUGCUGUAUAUUUUCUUAGGAAGGUAAAAGAAGACCGUUUGUUUGAGAUUCUUGAUGAUAAAAUAACGAGUGAUGGAGCCAUUGAGCAAUUUAAAGAAGUUGCGUAUCUUGCGAAGAGGUGCCUGAAAUUGAAAGGAGAAGAUCGCCCCACAAUGAAGGAAGUUGCACGAGAACUAGACAGGAUAGGUGGAAUUGGUUCACAUCCAUGGUCAAACAAUAAGGGUGUAUUGCUUGAAGAAGAGAGUGAAUAUUUGCUUGGUCAAACACAUGAUGUUAUCAAACAUGGAUAUGGCAGCAAUGAGGCGAUCAACGAUUCGUUGAGCAGCAGCCAAAGUACGGUUGUGCAAUUGGUGGCUUUGAAUAAUGGGAGAUGAUCGUUAUCCUUCUGUAAUUUUUUUUUUUUUUUUUUUGGGAAUAUGCUUCUGUGACUUAAAACAAUUCUUGCAUGCAUGAUGCAUUAAUGCCUUUCAUAUGAGGUUAUAUAUACCUGGAAUACUGGAUAUUUAUGUCAAUGUUCUAAUAUUGUAGCAAAAUGUGACAUUUUGUUGGAAUUUUUUCCUUGAAUAAUGUAAAAAUGGGCUUUAAUUUCAGAAA